AUGUCCACGCCGACCACUGCUACUGCCACGCUUCCUCCUCCAGGCCAUUACCGCCAUCAGCUGCACCAUCCACAUCUCCAUCACUCGCAUCACCAUCAGAGCUACCUCACCUCUUCCUAUCCGCAAGGCCCGGCAAGUCCCUCGCCUGCCGCUGGCUUGCACCACCACAACCACCAUCCAGCGGCAUCGUCAAACACGAAUUAUCGCUCGACCGACACGCCUGCCUCGAUACGCGGAGCGUCGACCGUUGUCCUCCCUACCCCGGCCGCUGCAUCCACUGCGACAACGUCCAAGCGGUACCAACAACAGACCCUGCCUCACCUCCAGGCUUCUGCAGACCACUACCCAUACUCCGCCUCGACCCUGCCACCACUUCAGUCUCCUCACUACGGCACAACGGCUGCGUCCAAUGGACUAGCCGCCUCGGUAGCCCGCACCAGACAGGUCCCCGACACUCCCAGAGGCACAUCACACCCCUCCGGCUCGAGAUCUACGAGCCGGCAUCACUACUCAGACGCGACCGCAGACAUGUCACACACCGCUGUCGCCAGCCAGGCGAGUCAUUUGGGCUACGCCGACGACAGCAGCUCGGCCAGGAAACGACGCCGGUCGAGAGAACCCGACUGGGGCAAUUUUUACAAGAAUGGCCUGCCCAAGGAGAUCAUCGUCAUUGAUGACAGCCCCGAGCCCAGCAGCCAUUACGCUGCAUCCGUAGCGACGACAGCGUCAAAGACAUACACAAAUGGCAAUACAAACGGCUCGACUCGGAGUCAUCACAUCUCCGAUCCCAGUCACGCCCCCAAAAGACGUCGGAAGGACGAUCCUCUUGCUUACGAUAAUGUCCCAAGCUAUGUCAGCGGAAGCAGAGCAGACCCAUACGGCCACCCAUCACAUAGCGGGUCUGCGUCCACAGAUCGCACAACGUCAGCCCAUGUUACAACGGCGGCGACGUCAUUGGGAUCGUUGUCGUCAAAUGGCCAUUAUGACAACGAAGCCUUGACUGGCCAGAAGCGGAAACGGACGCGCCAGCAAAUUGCUCAAGAGGCCAAGCGACGUGAAGUCGAGACGCACAGAGACGUGUUCAGCUAUCAGCCGCCCAAGAAACCGGUCAAGAAAGCUGGCGAGGUUCACGUGCGCGCGGUUCAGGAUCGCAAUCACCAAAAUGUCAAGGUUGACGAUGACGACGGCCACUAUAUCGUCGUCCCCGACGCAGAUCUCACACCAGACUAUCAAAUGAUCAAGCUACUUGGCCAAGGCACCUUUGGCAAGGUCGUACAAGCACGCCACAAGAGAGACCAUCACCUGGUUGCGAUCAAGAUCAUCCGCGCUGUACAAAAGUACCGAGACGCCUCGCGCAUCGAGCUCCGCGUAUUGAAGACCUUGAAGGCAAACGAUGCCGAGAACAGGAACCGUUGCAUCCACCUUCGCGACUGUUUCGAUUUCAGAGGACACAUCUGUAUUGUCAUGGACCUGCUCGGCUCCAGUGUCUUUGACUUCCUCAAGAGCAACAAUUUUGUGCCAUUCCCUAACAGCCAGAUUCACAACUUUGCUCGGCAGCUCUUCACCAGCGUAGCGUUCCUUCACGACCUCAACCUCAUCCACACCGAUCUCAAACCCGAAAACAUUCUUCUGUGCGACAGUGCCUACCAAACCUUUACCUACAACCGGAAGAUACCGUCUUCGUCUGCUGGUGUCAGCCGCCAGGCCACACAGCGCAAGGUCCUCCUUGACACUGAGAUCCGGCUUAUCGAUUUCGGUUCUGCGACAUUCGAGGAUGAGUACCAUUCCUCCGUCGUCUCUACAAGGCACUAUCGAGCACCCGAGAUCAUUUUGGGAUUGGGGUGGUCGUUCCCUUGCGAUAUCUGGAGCAUAGGGUGCAUCUUGGUCGAAUUCUACACUGGCGAUGCCCUCUUCCAGACGCAUGAUAACCUCGAGCACCUGGCCAUGAUGGAGAAUGUCUGCGAUGGCAGGAUCGACUCGCACCUGGUGCAAGCUGUGAAUAAGAUGGCGACACGAAGUGGAGGAAACCCUGCAUCCAAGUAUGCCCGCAGCCACUAUUUCUACCGUGAACAUUACGAGACACUAACAUCCGCGAAAAGGUACUUCAAACGACUCAAGCUGGACUAUCCCACUCCAGAGACGACUCGUGCGUCAAGACGAUUCGUCAAGAACAUGAAGCGGUUACAGGACAUUAUGCCGCCGUCGAACAAUUUCCUCAAACUUUUCCUCGACUUGCUCCAGAAAAUCUUUGUCUACGACCCGGCCAAGCGCAUCACUGCCAGAGAGGCUCUCGAGCACCCGUGGUUCCGGGAGCAAGCCGUCCCUGACGACGGCACAGAGGCGUCGAAGAUCCGCCGGGAGCGCAUGCACGAGCAAGAGCGAUACUCUGCCCGCGGCUCGGUGGCCUAG